AUGUCAUCGGCUAAGACAUUAUUGACCUGGCCUGAUCUGCGCUCAGGAUCCAAAGUGAACAAAGAGCAGUACCUUUUGUACCGUGUCCUACUGCCCGACUACAAGGAGCCCGAAUUUCUAAAUCCUUUACGUUUUGGGAUCCCUACGAUUCUCAUCACCCAAGCACAGAAUGUGCUAUAUAAAAUACAAACAUAUCAACUCUAUAUGAAAAUGUUGGGGAAUGACAACUGGACUGAUCCAGUCAUGGGGUCAUCUGGAUCAGUGAGGUUGCAGACGGAUAUUGGGAAGGGAUGGCAUAAGAACAAGAAAAUGAAAAUGCCAGGCGAAGACACAGUAAUCUCUGUCUUUCUGGAACUUCUCAACUCCCUGACCUCCACAAUUUUCGGAACCAACAGUCAUUCUGGUUCGGGGGGUAAAUUCCUUGUGUAA